AUGGGUAACUCGCACUCGGCCACGGCCAUCGAGACGUGCCUCAGCACCGUCUGCGCCGGCCGGUCCAGCUGCGUCGGCUUCCCCAGCGACCCGCUCUACCAGAUCAACUGGGUCAAGCCCUACAACCUCGACAAGGCCGCCGCCGUCAGCCCCGUCGCCGUCGUCCGGCCCUCCACCGCCGACGACGUCGCCGGCGUGGUCAAGUGCGCCGCCGACAACAAGCUCAAGGUGCAGGCCAAGUCGGGCGGCCACUCGUACGGCAACUAUGGCCUCGGCGGGCCGGGCGCCGACAACGUCGUCGCCAUCGACAUGGCCAACUUCCAGGGCUUCCGCAUGGACGAGUCCACCUGGCAGGUCACCCUCGGCGCCGGCAACCUGCUCGGCGACGUGACCAAGAAGCUCCACGACGCCGGCGGCCGCGCCAUGGCCCACGGCGUCUGCCCGGGUGUCGGGCUCGGCGGCCACGCCACCAUCGGCGGGCUGGGCGCCAUGUCGCGCAUGUGGGGGUCCUGCCUCGACCACGUCCUCGAGGUCGAGGUCGUCACGGCCGACGGCAAGGUCCAGCGCGCCAGCGAGGCGCAGAACUCGGACCUCUUCUUCGCCCUCAAGGGCGCCGGCGCCAGCUUCGGCGUCAUCACCGAGUUCGUCAUGAAGACGCACCCGGAGCCCGGCGACAUCGUGCAGUACUCGUACUCGUUCACCCUCGGCAGCCUGCGCGACAUGGCCCCCGUCUUCAAGCAGUGGCAGGACCUCGUCGCGGACCCGCAGCUCGACCGCCGCUUCGGCAGCGAGAUCAUCAUCACGCCCCUGGGCGCCAUCAUCGAGGGCACCUUCUACGGCACCGAGGCCGAGUGGAAGGCGUCCGGCAUCGCCGACCGCCUGCCCAGCACGGGCCGCUCCGCGGGCACCAUCACGGUCCCCGACUGGCUCGGCGCGCUCGCCCACGACGCCGAGACGGAGGCGCUCUACCUGUCCAACCUGCAGGCGCCCUUCUACUCCAAGUCGCUCGGCUUCCGGCGCGAGGACCUGCUGCCCGACCGGGCCGUAGAGGCCAUGUUCGACUUCCUCGCCUCGCACGACGCGGGCACCCCGCUGUGGGCCGUCAUCUUCGACCUCGAGGGCGGCGCCGUCAACGACGUGGCCCUCAACGCCACGGCCUACCCGCACCGCGACAAGCUCAUGUUCUACCAGAGCUACGGCAUCGCGGUGCCCCAGGUCGGCCAGGCGACGCGCGACUACCUGACGGGCCUGCACGACGCCAUCCUCGACGGCGUCGGGAGGGGCCGCGCGUGGACCACGUACGCCGGCUACGUCGACCCGGCCCUCGGGCCCGACGCCCAGCCCGUGUACUGGGGCGCCAACUACCCGGCCCUGCAGGAGGUCAAGGCCAAGUGGGACCCCGCCGACGUGUUCCACAACCUGCAGAGCGUGAGGCCCAAGAAGGGCUGA